AUGCUCGACAAUACAAAGAAAUUUACCCCCUCGCAGCAAGUCAUUGAGAAAUCAACGUACAUGGAUGAUUCUUUGGACUCGACUCGAACCGAUGAAGAAGCAAUCGAACUGUACGAGCAGUUAAACAAGUUGUGGAAUUUAGCUGGAAUGGAUCCUCGAAAAUGGGUGUCGAAUUCCCACCGCGUUCUUGAAAGAAUUCCCAGUGAGAAACGGGCAGAAAAGGUCGAUUUAGACCAAGGAAAUAUUCCUACGAUCAAAACACUGGGUGUAUUAUGGUUGGCAGAGGACGAUGUGUUUUCGUUCCGAGUAGAAGCGGUACUGGAACCAAAGUUUACGAAGAGAACAUUACUAAGCCAAGUGUCGAAAGUAUUCGACCCGUUAGGGUUUGUUUCGCCUUUCGUCGUGUCAGCAAAGAUUAUCUUUCAAGAGUUAUGGGUGCAAGGAAUUGGAUGGGACGAUCCAAUUGAAAAUGGUGUGUAUCGCCAGGCCAAGAGUUGGUUGGACGGUUUAAAAGAUCUCGAAUCUCUGAGAAUUCCCCGUUGCAUUGAGUUGAACAACGAGAGAUCACCAACAGUGCACACCUUUGCGGAUGCGUCGAAAGUCGCAUAUGGAGCGGUGAGCUAUCUAAGAGUCGAGAAUCCAAACGGAGAGAUUAGGACCCACAUGAUUGCAUCGAAAACCCGGGUGGCACCAUUAAAGCCAGUCAGUAUUCCACGACUUGAGUUGUUGGCGGCGGUUUUGGGAUUGCGGUUGACAUUAGCUAUCGCACGAGCGUUGAACCUUUCCAUUUCUGACGCGCGAUUUUGGUGUGAUAGUAUGAAUGUGCUCCUUUGGAUCCGCGGACGUGGUCGGGAGUUCUUGUCUUUCGUUGCCAAAAGAGUUGGUCUAAUUCAAAAUCACACCAGUCCGGAGCAAUGGCAGUACAUCGGAUCAAGGGACAAUCCCGCAGAUCUCUGUUCUCGUGGGAGCAGUUCAACACAAUUAAUCUCAAGUGAACUGUGGUGGCAAGAUCCCCAAUUUUUACAGAUAAAGGAAUCAGAAUGGCAGUUGAAGAAAAUUUUGGACGAGGGAAAUGUUAAUCGCAAAGUGUCUACGCUGACGUGCCUCUUACAACCCAUGAUCUCUUCAAGCAGCCCUUUAUGGCGAUUGAAUCCAGAGAGGUGGUCAAGCUGGCGUAGGCUUGUUCAUGUUAUGUCAUGGGUAUUGAGAUUUUUGAACAAUUGCCGCACCACAGUUAAUUACCGAGUAUUUGGCCCGUUAAAAUUGGAGGAAGUCCAAGACGCUCAGCUCUCCAUAAUUCGAGACGCACAGCAGCAAAGCUACGAAGAGUAUACCGUUAUCAAAGAAGGAGAGCCGAUUUCAGCACGUAGCAAGUUGCUCAAGUUGAUGCCCAAGCUUGAUGAAGACAGUGUACUUCGAUGCGAUGGUCGGCUAUGCUAUGCCGAAUUCCUGCCAUAUGAAGUCCGUUUCCCGAUUAUAUUACCGCGAGGUAGCUGGGUGACUAGAUUGAUUAUUAAGCAUUAUCAUGAAAUUGGGCAACAUGUCUUGGGUACUAACCAUAUCUUGGCAAACCUUAGUAACGACUAUUGGAUUGAGGCAGCUCGGGAAGAGAUACGAUCAUGGGAGAAGGAAUGUAGUAAAUGUAGAAGACGAAAGGCGAAGGCGGCGAGUAAAGUUAUGGCACCACUCCCGUUAAAUCGGUCGCAAUUACCGUUGAAGGCGUUUUCCAGAGUUUCGGUCGAUUUUGGUGGCCCUUUCAUCACCGUCCAAGGUAGAGGACAACGAAGACAAAAACGAUGGCUUUGCCUGUUUACUUGUUUCUUGUCUCGUGCGGUACAUUUAGAGAUGGCGUACGGCCUUGACACGGACAGCUUUCUUAGAUGUUUCACCAGAAUGGCGAGCCGAAGGGGUUAUCCGUCUCAAAUCGUAAGUGAUCGUGGGACAAACUUUAUAGGAGCUGCUAGGGAAUUGAAAGAGUUGGUGGACCAGUUGAAUACUUGUAAGAUACAAGAAACCACGAUUGACAGCGGGGUAAAGUGGACCUUUAACCCACCGUUGGCACCGCAUUUUGGAGGAGCCCAUGAGAUAAUGAUAAAGGCGGCCAAGAAAGCAAUCUACGCAAUUUUGAGAGAUGCUGAUGUAAAUGAUGAAGAAUUGUCAACUAUAUUCGUUGGUGUCGAAGCGACGUUGAACUCUAGGCCCCUCACAUACCAGACAGCUGAUCCGAAGGACUCCCUGCCGCUCACCCCGAAUCAUUUUCUGCAUGGACACGCGGGAGGAAAAUCUGCUCCUGAAGGCAUUGAGAGUCUAGAAUUCAAUCCACGAAAACGCUGGAGAAGGGUCCAGGAGCUAAUCAAUCAUUGUUGGAAGCGGUGGAUGAAAGAAUGGCUACCGUUGAUUAACAUCCGAACAAAAUGGUGGCAACCAAAACGCGAUCUAAAAGUAGGAGACUUGGUUCUCGCCAUUUCGGCUGACCAGAAUCGAGGGCGUUGGCCGUUGGGUCGUGUAAGAGAGGUGCUUCCAGGAAAAGACGGCCAUGUCCGUGUGGCAAAAGUGCAGGUUGGACAAGAGACAAUUAUCAGACCCGUGACAAAGUUAGCACCGGUGGAAUUCAGUGAACAGGACACGCCUUUGCCAGAUUGUACUGUCAAAGGAGGGGGAGAAUGUUCAGAAGAACGUUAG